UCACACCUUUAUCGUUUGAUCUAGUCCGAACCAGUGCAGCGCUCUUGUUUCAGGCUGCGCUUCGCCCUCUCCAUGUCUGCCCUCAUCGGACGGGUCGCUCGACGUCUCGUCAAGUCGCUCAUCGAUGCUGGCCUUGUUGAGGUCGCUUGAGGGAUGAAGGGAGGCUGAUGAAAACAGACAAAUAUACAAGACUAAUGCAACAGUCUUCAGCCCUGCUACGGACCUCGGGCGUGAUGCUGCCCUGCUUGACAACAGACCGAUCCCCAGAUAGAAGGUCGGAUCUAACGCAAGCAAAGAAACUCGAUCGGAUAAGAAAAGGCGGUAUUUGAUGUUGUCUCACAUUCUCUUCCAUUUCCCGUUGCAAUUUCCGAUGCGCCUCCUUUUGCAGGUGAAUAAGGCUUGUACCUGCAAAGUGGCGCUCCAUCUCUUGGAGCUCUUGUCUGGCGGCAGAGACGAACGGAGCAGUGGCGGCUGCAACGACAGCGCCCUGCAAUUCGAUAAAUCUCAUCAAGGACAGACGGAACACUUCUUUUCUUGGCAACUCACAUGUGUGUGUCUCCUUCCAGCAGCCUCUAUCCACAGGUCUACGUAGCGUGCCGCUUCCUGUCAACAACGAAAGCACAAGAGCAAUCGUGAUCGAUGGCUGUGGACAGCACGCACCACUCGUGUCAUUCAUGUUGGAGAAGAUACAACACACCUGUGUCCGGGGAUCUAUGCCAGUCGGUAGCCUUAAACCCUUGGCGAAAGUCCACCAAAGGUCCAGGAACCUGAUCCAGUAGCACACCCUCUCAACAGCGCGUGUUGGUGGCCAGGUUAGAUGCUCACUGGUAGAUGGUCCACAGGGCGUUGAGAAUGUGGUCCGGAAGCGCCAAAAUAAGAAGAGGCUUCUCCGACUGCUCCUGUUGUGUGACAGAUGGGAAUGCAGUCACGGUGAUUGCGAGCAGGAAGAGAGGGAGGUCGCUGAGAUUGAAACUGAGGGGGGCCGACAAAUGCCAUCGGCGAACCUCGAUAAGCACUGAACAAAGGAGGAACACUCCCGCUGUUGCCCGGUCGCACACAUAUGCGUUACUUACAGUUGCUGUCCUCCAAGAAUUGCUGCCUUGGCCCUCUGAGCAGCGACUCUGUCUCGUCUUCUGCGCCCACUUUUGCCUGCCCGAUCUCCCCUUCUGCCGUACUCUCCUCUCGUCCUGUUGCAUCCCUCUCGUCCUGCGGCGGUGGGAUGUAUGCAAAGCUUGCCCGCUCAAAGCGGACAACUUUGCCGUCGAAAAGAAGCCGUUUCAGCCCCUGUUGCUCCCUUUCGUCCAUUUCAAUCUCGUCCUCAUCGCCACUUGGAGGCCCGACGUGGAGCACCGAACAAUUGACGCGGAUGCCGAACGAGUGGGGAGGCAGGCAAUCAGCAAUAAGGUCAAAGCAGAACUCCUCGGCUCGAACCUUCAUGACGCCAAUCGCUUUGCGCUGAAUUCGCUCGCUGAAGCUGAAUGCUUCGCCGCCUCCAAGGCGAACCGCCCCUCCCCUGUCGGGUCCUCGCCAUGAACGAAGGAAGUUGUACCAGGCUGUCAAAAGCCGUGUCUUGGAAUUCUCGUGCUUCUCCCUCACUGCUGCAGCGUCCCAUGUCGACGGGUCCCUCAGCCGUGCCACGAUAUGCAUUCUCCUGGCCUCAACUAAGAGGAAAGGCUGCUCGUCUGUGCGCGCAGCACUUUCCUCUCCAUUAUCUUGUUGCCGUUGCUUGGCCACCGAGGGCCCCGUAGAAUCAAAGAGAGUCUUCCAUGCGAACCUGACUCGGACCCAGUCCGCCUUUCCCCUCACCAGGUCCAGCGGCAGGCUACACACGGAAAGCAGAAUAGAAACGAUAUGGCUGUGUUGUGUGUUUCUGUGUUUGUGUUACUCCAGCAGGUCGAGGAUGGCUCCUUUGAGCGGCACAUCCGUCAGCUCGAUGUCGGGAUCUGUGAGGGAAGCAAUGCUCAACUGGCGGUCAAUGUCCUCAACUGUAAAGAAACGACUAAGAUGCUGCUGAAUCAGGCGACCGAUUAUCAUGCGAACGACACGAGAAAUC